AGUUUCCCUUCCCCUUCUACCCUGUUCUGAACCGAGGCCCCUCCAACGGGACUGGUGCCCGCUUAGGAGGGAGCCCUCCCGGUUUUGGAGCGGACUCCCAUGAACAUCAGAGCUCCAAAAAAAUUGGCCGUGGGCAGAGUGAAGUUCUAUGGUCAACACCACGGGGAGGUCAACUGCUCUGCCUUCUCCCCUGAUGGCCGGAACCUGAUCACAGCCUCAGAUGAUGGUUGUGUAUAUGUAUGGGGGACGAAGAGUGGGCGACUGCUGUGGAGACUGGCAGGCCACAAAGGCCCAGUGAAGUCUUGCCGUUUCUCUCCUGAUGGCCGCCUCGUUGCCAGCUCCUCCUGUGACCACACCAUCCGCCUGUGGGAUGUGGCAAAAGCCAAAUGCCUGCAUGUGCUGAAAGGUCACCAGAGGAGUGUGGAAACUGUCAGCUUCAGCCCUGACUCAAAGCAGCUGGCAUCAGGUGGCUGGGACAAAAGGGUGAUUCUCUGGGAAGUGCAGUCCGGCCGCAAUGUGCGCUUCUUGCCUGGGCAUUGUGAUUCCAUCCAGAGCAGUGACUUCUCUCCAACCUCGGACUCUCUGGCCACUGGCUCCUGGGACUCGACUGUGCACAUCUGGGACUUGCGGGCAUCAAGCCCAGUUGUCUCCUUCCGUAAUUUGGAGGGCCACACUGGCAACAUCAGCUGUUUGAAGUACUCAGCAUCUGGCCUCUUGGCAUCUGGCUCCUGGGACAAGACCGUCCGCAUCUGGAAGCCCACAACCAACAACCUGCUUCUGCAGCUCAGGGGCCACGCCACCUGGGUCAAUAGCCUAGCCUUCUCUCCCGAUGAGCUAACGCUGGCCAGUGCUGGUUACUCUCGUAUGGUCAAAGUCUGGGACUGCCUCACAGGGAAAUGCCUUGAGACCCUAAAGGGCAUGCUGGAUGUGGCCCAUGCCUGCAUUUUCACUCCAAAUGGCAAACUCUUAGUGUCAGGGAUUGCUGAUGCGACAAGAUGACAAGUCUGCUGAAAGUCAAGAACUUCAUCCAUGUAACUUACCCAGAGGCCUAAGGUAACUAAGCCACCAGAUCUCCAAGGCAGGGAGUACCCUAGCCUACCCCGUGAGGUGGUUGUCACCUGCUGUAGGCAAGCGAUCACCUACCUAGCUCCUAACCUCACCCCCUGGACCCUGGGCGGCCAGUGUCAAACAGGAAGCGGAGAGCUCGUCA